CGACAUUGGAUUACCAAAAAUGGGCUGUCCAAAUUUUUGGUUUCCACUGUAAACAACUUAUAUGAGUGAAAAAUAAGACGUGUUCUAGCCGUGAUAUUGGCCAAAACUGAAACAGAUUAAAUGUUUCCACAUUGAUUUUUUGGGAAAUGUUCAGUAUGUACUGAUAUAUUUGACGAACAGUUGAGAUGAGUAUGCCGCCUUCGGGUGUUGAAGGUUUGAUGGAUGAACAGGCAGUGAUUGAGGCAGAGAUUCAGUUGGAGUUAGAAAACAUAAAUCUGGAUGAAGAAGUACAGUUGGAUGAUGAUUUAAAUGGAGACAAUGAACUGCAGGCAGAUCUGGAUGAAGAAGUGGUGGUAGAAAAUGAGCUGGAUAAUUACAUUAAGAGACUACAAGACCAGAGUAAUAGAUUUGAACAGGAACUAUUAGAAUGUGAUGAACUACUAACACACUCUUCAGACAAGAAUGAGUCACUGAGCUCAGCAAUGAUACCAUAUGAAGACCAUACUUUGUUGAUGCAGCUUGCCAAAGAACAAGGAUGUGAUGUUGAACAAUACAAGAGAAAGAUUUUAGAAGAUAUAGAAAAUGAUGAAGUGAUAAUAGAUGAUGAACUGGCUGAUUUGAUUGGAGAUACUGCGGAAGAGUCUAACAGAAAUGGGGAACAAUGUUCCAUCACUGAUGCAGAAUUACCUAUGAAAAUUAUGAAGGCUGUUGAAGAAGGUGUAGAUGGCGAGGAAGCUCCAGUAUCACAGGAGCUUGUAUUGGUCAAUGGUGAGGAGCAUCCAAACACACACAAAGACAUACAGAAAAUGUUGAGAGAACAGUUAGACACACUCGAACAUAGGUACACAGAGAGAAUGGAUAGAAUUAAAAAGGAUGAGGCAUAUAAAAGAGAUGAAGAAGAAGUGAGAGAAAGAAGAAUAAAUGAAGAAAGACAAUGGAAAUUACAAGAGAUACAGGGACAAGAACAGCAGCUCAUUGUUGAACAGGAGAUGGCUGAUAGGGAAAUUAAAAAAGAACAAGAGCUGGCAGAGAAAGAAAUGCAAGAAGAAAUGAGGAAGUUUCAGGAGGAGAUGGCCCAGUUACAGUCAGAGAUGGAGAAACAGAAGAAGGAACAUAAUAUGGCAGUUGAGAUGGAGAGAAAGAGACAAGAAGAAAAACAAGUAAAGGCAGUUCUGGCCAUACAGAGAACAUACAGGGGAUAUAGGGUACGAAAAGAAGCUCGGCCAAUGUUGACAGAAAAGAGAGAAAUAAGAAAGAAAGAGAAAGAAGAACAAAGAAUAAAGGAAGUAGAAAUUGAGAUAGAGAGAAGAAAAGAGGAACAAGAUGAAAAGGAAGAGCUGGAAAGGCAAAGACAAGAAGAGGAAAAAAGACAGAAAGAAGAACUGAAGAGACAAAAGGAGGAAGAAAAGAAAAGAUUGGAAGAAGAAAAAAGAAGAAAGAAAGAAGAAGAGGAAAGAAUAAAGCAAGAAGAAAAGAAAAGGAAAGAAGAGGAAAAACAAAGAAAGAAGGAAGAGGAGAAAAGAAGGAAAGAAGAAGAAAAAAGGAGAAAAGAAGAGGAAGAAAAUAGAAAGAAGGAAGAGAAGAGACUGAAGGAGGAAGAAGAGAAGAAAAGAAAAGAAGAAGAAAAAAGACAGAAAGAAGAAGAGAAAAGAAGAAAGGAAGAGGAGAAAAAAUUGAAGGAGGAAGAAAAGAAGAAAGAAAAAGAAAGACUGUUGGAAGAGGAGAGAAAGAAAAAGGAAGAAGAAUUAAGAUCGAAAGAAGUUAUGAAAAACAAAGUAAAUACUGAAAAUAAUGAACAGCAAAUGGAAGAAAAUGGUAGAAAUUUUGAGGACUUGAAUAAUACAGUAGUUGUUAAUAAUGAGCGGACGUCUGUAGAUAAUAAAGGUGAAAAGAUUCCCGGUGAUGUUCCAGAAAAUGUUACUGAAAACAAUGCUAACAAAGAUAUAGAAAAUAUAGUGCAGGAAGUAGAUUCUAAGCCAGAAGCAGUAAAAAUUGAUAAAAUUGUGACUGAAAAUACAGAUGUCAAAAUUGAAACUGUGAAAAGUGGUGAAGGAAGUAAUGAAUCUAUGGAUGAUAAAACAGAUAGUCAUGUAGUCUCUAAGAGACCUAAAACACCCAGAAGUGCUCGAACCCCAAGAACAUCCAGACCUCCAACACCCAGAAAAGGCAAGAAGGAAUUGAAGGACAAAGAGGAGAAGGUUGAGAAAAAAGAAGUUAAAGCUGAUAUUUUACCAGACCAUCUUGAAGCUUUACGUCUCAAGUUCAUGAAAGAAUGUCUGCCUUGGAGUAAAGUUAGUAACGAGCCAUGGAAAUUGAAGGCUGGUGUUUCAAGAAAACCUUUAAGAAGGCCAUCAUCAGCGAAGAAAAUGCCCCUCCUUUCUGAAGAUGUCAUUGUGCAGGCAGCAAGAGUUGCCUCCCUUAAAAUGGUAACAACAGUGGAGUUGAAGGACCUGCCUGGAAAUAACAUGUCAACACUGGGACAGUGUGGAGGGCUGAGGUAUCUUACACUGAACAACUGUAAUUUGGUAGCUAUUGAAGGCCUCAGUCAGUGUAAACAGUUACAAUAUAUCAAUGUUCAGAACAACAAGAUAGAGUAUGUUGACUUGAAGGAUGUAGGGCAGUUACAAUAUCUGAAUCUGUCACACAACAAACUGUCAUCAAUACAUGGAUUAGAUAACUGUACAAAUGUACGCUGGCUAGAUCUGAGUUAUAACAACAUUACUAGACUGGGUGGGAUGGAUACUAUGCGUAGACUUCACACCUUGAAGUUGUCACACAAUCAGCUGAUCAGCACCCAGGGGCUGGGUGCCACGCCCACUUUACAGAUGAUUGACAUAUCACAUAAUCACCUGCAGGCUAUAGAAGAUCUGGAUAAAUUGUGUCUGCUGUUCUCUUUGAAUGCUUCUUCUAAUAAUUUACUACAGAUUCCAUCUUUACACAACCAGGUGCUACUACUAGAUCUAUUGUUGUCAGAUAACAGUAUAUCCUCCCUCAGUGUUCUAGCUGCAGUAUGGCUGCCACUACUCACUACUGUACAACUAGAGCAAAACAGUAUUUCAGAACUGCCAUCUUUACAGAAUUGUUUGCUUUUAAAGGAACUGAAUCUCAGUGAAAACCAAAUCACAGAUCCAGCGACAGUUCAACAUUGUGUUGAAGCAUGUUUUUAUAUGGAACAGCUCCACUUACAGGACAAUCCUGUUGUCACUGAUUUAAAUGACAGCUUUUUUUCUAAGCUGAAGUGUUCUUGUCCAAGAAUCAGUUCCAGUCUAGAUUUAGAUGGAGACAGUACUGUCAGACUGACCCCGGUAAAACCAAGAAACAGUUUUGAAACUAUGUGUCUUACACAGCUGCGAAUAAUGAAAGAUGUCAUCAGCCAGUUUGAACACAAUUUGAAGUCAAAAGACAAUAUCCUGACUGAUCAGACCCAGUUCUGUGAUAUACACUAUAAAUUCUGUGAUCGAACUUUCAACAUUGCUGUUGAGUACAGAUAUGCACACGAGUAUGGAGAUAUUUCCGUUACCAUGCCAACAGCUCCGACUGCACCAAAAUCUGGUCGACCUGUAUCUUCAAGACAGAGAGAAAAGUUUAUGAAUCCUAAAGAAAUGUUUGAAAACGCUCUAAAAUCUUCAUGCACUGAUCCAAAAUCUGUGAAUACUGAAUCUGACAAUAAAGCCACAAAUGGAAAUCCAAAAGAUUUGUUUGAAAAUGCAUUAAAAUCACAGAAUGCUGUUAAAGAAACUGUUGAUUCACAGAAAGGUACAAAUGAUAAAGUUGAUAAGAAGGAAGUUUAUGUUGCACAACAAAGUUUUACUGCUAAUCCAAGAGAUCUAUUUGAACAAGCUCUUAAGUCAGCUGAUCAGCCUGCCUAUGGCACAAGCACACAUAGUGGCCAACAUAAGUUAACUAAUGGGCAUUCCAUAGCAGACAGGGGAUUGGAUGUAGGUAACAAGACUUUUGAGCAGAAAAAGAUGUAUGAUGCUGCCACUAAAAUACAGGCAUUGUGGAGAGGUUAUAUGUGUAGGAAACAGUUGAUUGAACAGUUUCAGAAUGAAACCGUGAUGAACAUUGAUCCUGCAUUGUUAGAAAAGCUGAACAGAUCAGCUGUUAAAAUUCAGGCAUCAUGGAGAGGUUAUAUACUGCGGAAGAAACUUCUCGCAGCUCUGGAAUAUGCACAGUGUGACUUUGGUGAGGAAGACGAUGAUGAAGAUGCCAUGGACUUUGGAGAUGAAUUUGAUCUGGAUAAAUUUGUUUCUAUUGAUGAGGACUUAUUAGACACAGAUUGGAAGCCGCCAGCUACACCAGAUAUUCCAACUAGUUAUGCAGUGCUGAAAAAGCCCCCAUCUGGGAAGCCCAUAGUUCCACCAAUCAACACAGCUGAUCUGAGACCUCCUAGUAACCCAAGAAGAGCCUGGCGCAAUGCCGAGUCUCCACUGUCUGACCUUGGGAAGAUUCCACGUCCACCAUCAAGCGUAGCCUCCACAGAGCUCACCAUUAGGUCAGGAGUCUCCAGAAAGGAGGAGAAAAUGGCGGAGGAAUGGGGCUUUAAGGAUACUGGUACAGCACAUCUGAUGAUCCAGAGAGCUAAAAAGAUGAAAUACAACGCUGAAAGAAGAAAGAAAAUCAGUAAACUUGAUCCUAAGCAAAGGUUGGCAUUGUUCAGGAAGCUGGAGGAAGUCACCCACCCACCUACACACACAGUCCCACAGAGAAAAACACUUCCAAGAAAAGAGUAUUUUCAAGCUCGUCAAGAUGAGAUUGUUAGACAAGAGCAAGAGAAGCGACAGGAAUAUCAUAACAAGGCAUCGAGGACCUUUGAAUGGCUGCAUUCACAAGUGGGAGACCAUGUCAUCUCAGAUUCUGUCAUAAAUCAAGGGCUUUCUGAAGGUCCUAAGUAUGUACAUUUGACAGAUAAUAACCUUCCUGAGUUACUUAAUGGUGGAAAAAGGGUCCAGCUUGUUAGUAGUCCCAUGUCAGUAGAGCUCCAGUCUGUUGAGAGUGCUAGUAUGACAGGCCAGAAACCUCGUAGAUUCUCAGCUGGUUCAGGUUCAGGUACAAGCAAGUUGCCGCCAAUCCAGCCCUCUGCAGCCCCUGCCUCUGCCCCUCAUCUGAAAGAGAGAAUGUCAUUCAGGAACCCCAAAGUCAAUCAGUCUGUUGGAUGGGGUGGAGGGAAGAAAAGGGGAGCUCCUUUCUAGUCAGAUUUGUCCUUUCAAACCUAUAGAUGAAAUGUUACAGUCAGAAGCUGAUGCGUGUGUUCAUGGUAUUUAACCACACAACUAAUUUUGUAUUUCAGUAUAAAACAUUGCUUUCGAACAUCAAUGUUGCUUUUUCAGUUUCAGGUACAAAUAAAUUGUGUCACUUGUAGUGUAAGUGUUAAUUUGUAAACAUAAUUAUUAUCAUUGAGAUAAAAAUCUUUGUAUCAGUGGUUUAGGUAUAAAUAACUAUACCAAUAAUGUAUCAUAAAUUAUUACAUCAAUGUAUUUUCAGUGUAUUUUCAGUCUCCAUGUAUUAACAAUGUUACUGGAGACAUAAUAUUUUUCUGUAUCAUAUUGGGUGCAUGGCAUCAUUUUAUGAUGUUAUUAUAUGGAUAUUUCUAGUGCUUCCUAGUACUGGUAUUCCUCAUGCCCCCUCUUUUGACCUCUACCCCCUCUUUCUCUGCUUCUGACAUCCUCAUUAAAACCCAACUCACAUCUAUUUAAAUCACAUAUUGUUUACAUACCCUCCCCCCACAUUUGAACACUCCCCACCCCACCUCCAAUAUCUUUUUUAAAUUUUUCUUAUACUUUAUGAUAUAUAAUUAUAUAAUUUAUUUUCUUAUAUGUUGUUUUAGUAUCCAUCAUCCCCCCCCCCCCCCCCCCCCCCCCAACCACUCCUACCCCAUCCCGUUUACAGAAAAGAUACAUACAUUUUUUACUUCUGGCUAAUAUGGAUUCUAAGUAUCCUCCCAAUACACACAAUUCACUGCUACACCAUUUUUCCCUUCCAGUUAUUUUUACAUUUCUUCCAUUCUUGGAUUCCUUCAUAUAUACUGUUGCCAUGUGCGCUUCAACUUUAACCAAAAUAUCCUCUCCCUAGUCCACCAACACAAAAAUAUCUGUUUAUCUCUCACACUUGCUUAUGUCAUGUAGUAAACAUAUCUUGCAUGCUGUCCUUCCAACAAUUCUUGUUAAUAAGAUUUCCAAUUAUUUAUAAUCAUAUUCUGCCACUUUCGAGUGUAUUUUUAUUUCCUUGGUGCUGAAUAAGCUGUCUCAGUUUUAUAUGUGUGAAGGCAUUGAACUAUUAGAUCUUAUUGCACUGAUAAGUUGUUUUCAUGGAUAGUAGAAUCAAAUGUAGUGUAUCUGUAAUCACACUCGGCAGUUUCUAUGUAAUUAUGUAUUUUCCUUAGGCAAUUCGGCGAAUUGACUAGUUUAAUGCACAAAAACUGGAGAAUACCGAAAUCACAUACUGUACGUGAAUACGCAUUUUACGGGUCCAGUACCUUAUUGUCAAGUUGUUAUGAUUAUGAAGUUGAGGUUUAAAUUUGGUCACUGAAAUGUUAUUUGACUUUGUCAUAAAGACACAUUAUAAGACUUUGUGUUUUGCUUACUACCGAUAUUUUCCAUUAUGUAUUUGCUGCCAUACAAUGGUCAUUAUGUGUGGUUUAUGUUUGUUUUGGUAAUUAUUUAUUAGUAUGCUUCUAUGUGUGUAUUCUUUGAGCAUUAAAAUGAUUGCUAAAUUU